GUGUGAUCUGCUCACACUUGCCUGCAGUGCACAUUUUUACGUGAUUCUUUUUCAGCUUGUUGGACUUUUGGAUCCAGCCUCUAGUGGCCCUUUGGAGGAACUGCAGUAUUACAGGAGGUUAGCACACUGUACCGGCGUACUUCGUUUCGCAAAGAGGCGGGUAAACAGUGUAACGGGACAGAAACAUGGAGCCAAUGGCAUGUCGUCGAAUCUCUGGUGGUGUUCCCACAGCCGCGACUAAUGUGGAAGAUUUGAGUUGCACCCACAUCAACGAGAUACGGGUCGUUACAGCAGCCCUAUGGACACGACGUAGCGUCACGCCGGUGAUGUUUUGAAGCACACUCCCUUUUCUAUUACGUUCCCUGCCUCUUAGUGACUCUAGCCAAUAGCAAUAUCUCCUACUGAAAUACUUCUUUUGGCGCUAAAACCAAACUCCCUCUAGUUUUCUGUCGUCGAGGGCUCUGUUGGUGUCGCUAAUUUCGAGAAAAAGAAUCGGCGUGACACCGAUCACUGGCUCAAAAUGGGAAUCUCUGGACUGCUGCAGUUCAUCAAAGAUGCAGCAGAGCCCGUCAAUGUGAAAAAAUACAAAGGCCAGACGGUAGCUGUGGACACCUACUGUUGGCUGCAUAAAGGAGCUUUCUCGUGUGCUGAGAAACUUGCUAAAGGAGAACCGACUGACCAGUAUGUGUGGUACUGCAUGAAAUUUGUGGACAUGCUCUUGACCUUCAGUGUUAAGCCCAUACUGGUGUUUGAUGGACGCAAUCUGCCUUCAAAACAGGAGGUGGAAAAGGCUCGCAGAGAACGCAGAGAAACCAACCUACAAAAAGGGAGACAGCUGCUACGUGAGGGCAAACUGUCCGAGGCCAGAGAGUGUUUUAACCGCUGUGUUAACAUCACCCCGGCUAUGGCUCAUAACCUGAUUAAGGCUGCAAGGGCGAGAGGCGUGGACUGUGUUGUGGCUCCGUAUGAAGCUGAUGCUCAGCUGGCUUACCUCAGUAAAUCUGGUUUGGCCCAGGCGGUCAUCACAGAGGACUCUGACUUGCUGGCAUUUGGGUGCAAAAAGGUUAUUCUAAAGAUGGACAAGCAGGGCAAUGGCCUGGAGAUAGACCAAAGCAACCUCGGCCGCUGCCGAUCCUUGGGGAAUGUUUUCACUGAGGAAAAGUUCCGCUACAUGUGCAUCCUCUCUGGCUGUGACUAUCUUGCCUCUCUGCAUGGCAUCGGUCUGGGCAAAGCCUGCAAGCUGCUGCAGCUUGCCAAAGACCCUGAUAUACUGAGGGUAAUCAGAAAGAUGGGCCAGUACCUGAAGAUGAGUCUCGUCGUUCCCGAGCAGUACAUCGAGGGAUUUGUCAGAGCCAAUAACACCUUUCUCUAUCAGCUGGUUUUUGAUCCCGUCAGGAGGAAGGUCGUGCCCCUCAACCCAUACCCAGAGCACAUUGACCCAGUCACGCUGAGCUAUGCUGGACUUCAUUUAGGGGAUGAUAAGGGCUUGCAAAUGGCCUUGGGAAACCUUGACAUCAACAGCAUGGAGAGGAUCGAUGACUUCAGCCCAGACAAACCUAUUCCACAGCAAUGCAAAAGCCGCAGUCACAGCUGGAACUACUCACCGGCCUCCACAGGGCCGAGUAUAUGGAGCAGAGGCUUUACGCCAGCCACCGCGGCACCUGCCCGGCCCCCAACCUCUCCAGACAGGCCUCCCUCCACCAGGGGGAAGAAGAGAGUCAUCAACCUGGAUGGCCUGAGGAUACCCUGCAGAGAGCUGCAGGUGAAGAGGCCCGGAGAGGACUCAAGUAUAUCGGACCAGGAUGUGCUGCAGGAGUACUCUUCAUCCAGCCCAAAGCGCUCCAGGUCAGACCAGCCAGCAGACAAGCCCACAGUCACAAGCCUGCCCCGGUCACGCAACAUAUUUGCCACUGUCCUGCAGAGGAGGAACCAGGAAGCUGAGGAGGAUGGUCAGGUCACACGCAGCAGAUUCUUCAGCAGUUCCACAGCCACUCAGAAGUCCUCACCCAGCAUUCAGAACUGUGACGCUGAGAGUUCAGAUGGCCCGUCUCUGGAAACCACCAAGCCAUCUCCAUCACCCAGUACCACCAGUUCAGCCAGUCGUGGCCUCAGCCUAUUUCGCUGGUCAGACGGCCCGUCAACUGAACAAUCUAGCACGCCAUUGUCCACCUCAAGCUUGUCUGCGCUGCAGCAGUUCCAGUAUAAAAAGGAAAGCUGUUCAUCUCCACCAAAGGUCACCAGACCCUCUGGAGAUUCGGUUCUACCAGAGCCCUUCUCCCAGGACAGAAAAUCAGAGAAGGAUGAGCUCUCAGACUCCCCUCCCUCCCAGGACAGCGCUUAUUUCUCCCAGUCACAGCCCUACCUCACUUCCUACCAUAAAGAGGAAGCCCCCACCUACAGCUUCUCCUCCUCCUACCAGGAGGAUGCUGCUUCGGAAAGUAAUUCAAGCAAAGAUUCAGAGAUAGAGCACAGUCCCACACACUCAGCAGAAGCAGAGGUGAAACCUGGCAUGCCGAGAACUAAGGUUUCAGGUCUGCCAAAACCAAAGACCAGCAGCCAGAGUCAAACGGCAAGAGUGCAAACACUGGGUCCAGCGAGAGUCAGCGGACUGAGGAAAAGGUCUUUGAAUCUGGGCAAGAAAUUCCCCUCAGUGAAUAAUGAAAACAACCCUGGUGUCCAGGCCACCAUCAGCAGCCUCUGGAGGAACUUCAGCUUUAAAAAAGAAGCCCAGAAGAUGACUGGCUGUCAGAAAAAAGAGCCCAUGUCUCCAGUUAAAGACAAUGUGCUGGCCAGCUGAACGUCAGCACACGACUGCAUGUUUCACUCGGUGCUGAAUGCUCGGCGGAGCGAGGCUUUUAAACAUACCGUGUAUGUACCUGUAUUUACUGUAGAGUUUUAAAUAAAGAAAGCGUCUCCCUCUGUGUAGUCUGGA